AUGCAAGACCAAUACGUCCCGGAAGUUGCGCAGCUGAAAACAUGUGAGGAGAAGGUAGCUUGGGCAAGAGCACAGCGCGAUGCCGGACUAAACAAGGUCGAGCCGAAGCUUCAGGGCGUUCCAGAUGAGCUGCCAAAGAGCUCACAGGGCCUGCCAAAGACCGUCCUGACCGCCCGUGAGAUUGAGAUCACGGAGAACUACUCAGUGACCCAGCUUCUCAGCGUCCUUAAGGAGAGGAAAAUAUCCGUCGAGGAGGUGACGAGGGCCUUCCUGCGGCGGGCCGCCCUCGCACAGGCAGCGGCAACAAUCGCCCGCGCGAAACAUCUCGAUUCCCUGCCUGAACCUGAAGGGAUGCUGUUUGGACUGCCAAUCUCGACCAAAGAGCACCAUGGCAUGGUGGGCGACCAUGUUACCACAAAUGCGUCUCUGGUGGCGUGGAUAGGCAAAAAGCAUGGCUCGAACUUGCUGUACGAUUCGCUUUGGGACCAAGGGUGUGUGUUUUACGUCCGAACCACGCAGCCCCAAACAAUUAUGCAUCUUGAGACCGUCAGCGUUGUUUAUGGGCGUACCGUCAACCCGUAUAAUCGAGAUUUAUCGCCAGGCGGGAGCAGUGGAGGAGAAUCAGCUCUGAUAGGCAUGCGUGGAAGUCUCUUGGGAGUCGGAGGAGACAUCGGCGGCAGCGUUCGAUGCCCGGCAGCUCAUGUUGGUAUCUACGCGUUUAAGCCAACCCUGAAACGUAUAUCCGUCAUGGGAGGCAGAGGUUUGAUGAUAGGAAAGGAAGCAAUUACAUCUACGCCUGGACCUAUGACCGUAGACCGCGACGCUUUGGAGUUGUUUAUGAAAGCUGCGUUGGAGUCAAAGCCAUGGCUGACUGACCCAUCCCUCACAUUUAAGCCUUGGACUCCUUUCAGAUUUAUUCAACAGCUUAAAGUUGCCAUCAUGUGGUGGGAUGGUGUUGUGAAGCCACACCCACCCAUGACAAGAGCUCUCAAGGAGGUCGCUGAAGCAUGCAAGAAGGCCGGCAUGGAGGUCGUUGAUUGGGACGCUGAAUCUCUCCAUCACGAAACAAGCUGGGAACUUUUGACGCAGCUGUAUUGGCCAGAUGGCGGCGAGGAGGCACUUGGGUGGAUGGAGAAGGGCGGAGAGCCGGUGCUCCCCCUCUCUAAAUUCAUUCUCCAAGAACACCCCCAGAUCAAAAAUCUCAGCCAACAUGAGCUGUGGGAUGUUUGCCGCCGCCGAGAUGAAUACCGAGCAGAGUACGCCCGGGCUUGGACUAAUUCCAAAGGAGAAGAUGGAAGAGAGGUUGAUGUGAUUAUUUGCCCUCCUUCAUUUGGAGCUGCGCCGCCGCAUGAUCAAUCUCGAUACUGGGGCUACACUUCUCACUGGAAUCUUCUCGACUACCCCGGUGCGAUAUUCCCUGUCACGACAGUGUCCCCAGAGAAAGACCCCAUCGAGGCUGGCUACGUUCCUAAGAACGAAGAGGAUCGUUUUGUCUACGAAAUGUACAACCCUGAGAAGUACAAGGAUAUGCCGGUAACCCUGCAGAUCAUUGGUCGACGGAGUUAUGAUGAGAAAGUGCUUGCCGCGCUGAAGGAAAUCGAGCUCGCCCUUGGAAGGGAAUAG